UGACUCAGCUGAGAGAUGUGCCCAUAAAAGAUGAGCUGAGCAAAAGUAAAGAAUUACGCUCAUUACUCAGAGUCAGUUCUAAAGAAAUGUUAACUGGAAUUUGGAAUCCAGUUUCUGGUUUCCAAUCUGCUGGUGGAAUCAGUAUUUGCAUUGCAUGCAGCUGGGUGCUCUCCUCCAGAAGCUUCCUUCCUUCCAGCAUAUAUACAUAAUAGCUCUAGAAAAGUAAAUAACCCUUGUUAGCUGAUGAGCCAAUCUACCAAGUUCUGCAGAAUUUGUAGGCGCUUCCUUUCUUUUCUUUUAUUUCUUUUUUCUUUUGUUGUGAACUGAAUAGAAACUUCACAUAUUAACUUUCCUUUUUAUUCUUUGCUUCCAUUUAAUGUGUGGCUGUGAGUUUUCUGGCCAAUAAAUAAUACUACAUAGUAAUGACUUACUAUCGUAAAAAGAAGAAGAAAAAAACCAAUUACUCUCAUGUCAAUGUCAUCCCCUGCUUGUAAUUUGUUACACAGAGGAUUGCAACCAAGGCAGACAUGGGAUUUGGAAAUCCUUUAAAACGGUAGCAUGUUUGGGAGGUCUGAGCAACGAGGAAGUUUCCUUGAAGUUUUUGGAGAAUUUAAAAAGAAGAAAAAAAAAUAGCAUUAUGGUGUCACCACAACACCAAUCUUCACCUCUUCUUAUUCCGCGACUCUGUCUGUCCUCCGGAGAAUUGGAACCAUGUUGUGUCCUACUCCUCCUCAGCAGCAGCAACCUCAAUCUCUGCAAGCCUUGGCACGCAGCCAGUCCUUGUGUCUUCGACAAUCUCAGUCUCCCCGGACUUCACAACGCUGCCGCUCUUUAAACUACAAUUCAGGAAACGAUGCAGAUUACAGUCCGGAUUUCUCAAACGCCACAAUUGAAUUUAUGAUCAAAGGAUUAAAUAGUUUGAACAUUAAGAAGAACCUCAGCAGGUUGCCUUUGCUCAGCAAAGGUUCGCAUGAUGACAACAGCAACCAUUACAAGCAACAAUACCAGACGACAGGAUCUGACGAUUCCAACCCCACCGAGUCGCUUUUACCGAGCGUUAGUCCCCAUGCUGACACUGACCAAGACGAGCAGGGUAAUGUAACAAGGGUAGUGUUUCAGGGCUCUGUAGAUUCCGAUCCGAGUGUGUCUCCAUUACCUUGCAUUAGUACCCAAGCUGAUACUGACUAUGAUGGGCUAGACAGUGCGGGAUCUGAUGACAACCUCAGUGACUCGCUUUUACCAAGCAGUAUUCCUCGCAUUAGCACCGACUAUGACGAACCGGGCAAUCCGGCAGUGGGCCCUUCUGGUUCAAAUCCUAGUGAGUCUGCAACAAUUAACAUUGGUUUGCAGGAUGAACACAAUGAUUUUGGCCAGCCACAUCACAGGACAAGGGUAACUGCCUUAGAGUUGACCUUUAUGCUCGUUGGUUUCAACCUAGAAAUAUUGUCAGCCGGUUUCGAUCAGGUUUCCUCCACAAGUAAGCCUCGUUAUGCACUGAUCAGUUUGCUGUUGGCCGUUGCGGCUGUGUUUACUUGCAUCUGGGAGCUCAUUUAUAAUGGUAUAAAGGAGAGAGAUGCAUCUCCGAAUAGCACGGUUUUUGGUACGUUGCCUGACUUUUUCGGAUUGGGACUUGCCGUGAUUCAAUGUGUUUGCUCGGCAGUGCAGUAUUAUUUCCUCCAUCAUCAUCAUAGUAAUCCAAUGAAACUGUCCCCUGUGCCUCUCUUUUUCUUCACCUGUUUGGUGGUUUUGAAAUUAAAAGGAAACUAGGGCCACACUGUAUAUAUAUUCAGACGCUAAAGCUUAUGACAGUAGGCAAUAUGUUUCCUGAGUUCUGUAUACGUAUCGAUUACGAAUGCAAAAUAGGAAGCAUGAGAAGUAUUUAUCUACUUUGUUCCCUGGAUC